GAUGAGGGUGUCCUGCUCCUCUGAGGGAGGGGACAGUCCUCAGUACAGCUGGACUCUGGAUGGACGCACACUGACAGAUGCUGAGCUCCUUUCUGAAAAUAAUGAGACUAACAUCAUCACUCUGAAACAGCACGUCUCAGGACAUCUGGUCUGCUCAGUCAGGAACAACGUCAGUAAUGUCUCCACAGAGGAGAUGAUAUCCACCUGCAGCUUCAUUUUCAUUAACUGCACCUUAAUCAAUGGGACACAGAUAUCAGGGUGGGUGCAUGAAGCCAAUUACACCCUGUGUAUUGAACCAACAACACAACCUACACGAGAACCAACAACAGAGUCGACACAAAGCAGCAUAGUGUCAAAGAAACACUUUGCUAACAGCAGUAAUGACCCAUGGAACAUUAGAUAUUUCCCAUUGGUCGGUGUUGUUCUCUCAGCAGCUGUAAUUUACUUAGUUGUGGGUGUAGCACUCAUCUGUGAUCAGAGGAAAAAGCAAAACUACAGACCAACGAAACAAAAAGAUGAAGAAGGUGAGCAUGAAGUAACCUAUGCUAAUCUAGAGGUCAUGCAACUGCAGGAGAAGCAAGUGGAGCAAAUAGCAGAGGUGGAAGCAGAGGUAGAGUUUAGCCAAGUCCAGUUUUUCGAGCUGCCUCAGGACACUGAAACUACAGAAGACGAUUGCUUGUAUGCCAGGGUUCAUAAAGUCAGGUGAAUUAAGGGCUUCUAUGCAGAAUAACCACUGAAGAGCCACAGAGGAGGACUUGUUGUCAAGAUGUGUGAAUGUCUCUCAUUUAUUGUGAUUUUCUGUGUACGAGCUUUUCAACCACAGCUUUUAUGAGUGUUUUUUUUUUCUUUUUUGUAUCCUGUUAA